UCACCUGUCACUCUCGCUCGAGCGCACCUGUUGCAUCGUUCUAGACUUUUUGUCCUCACUGUUGUUUUCUGUUUUGCUUUUACAUUUUUUGUCUGCAUCAGCAAGGUCGCUCGGCAACCCAAACCCCGCCGUGUUUGGAGCAAAGUUCACCUCUGAGAGAAACAGAUUGAGAUGGAGCCUUGAAGAAGCGUUUUCCUCUGGAGUUUCUGGAAAAGGGAGGAAUUAUCUGCGAAGUGAAGAAUAGGACCGUAGAUCGUCUCUGUUGAGGGGUGGAUGUCGUAGAAGAUGAAUGCUUUGGGAACCCCAACAAAACCAAGCAAUGGGGUGGCCAGAUCGGACAGCAAGAUCAGUGCCAAAACCCUCUUUGAGCAACGAAAGAAGUACUCAAACUCAAACGUCAUCAUGCAAGAGACGUCGCAGUACCAUGUGCAGCAUCUCUCUACAUUCGUGAUGGAUAAAUCAGAGUCCAUUGCUACAGUAGAUGACGCGAUCAAGAAGCUGAAGCUGCUGGACUCCAAAGACAAGAUCUGGACACAGGAAAUGCUGCUGCAGGUGACAGAAAAAUCCAUCAAACUCCUGGACUGCGAGACCAAGGAAGAGCUUGAAAACUUUCCCCUGACCACAGUCCAUCAUUGUCAGACGCUGUUGAACCAGACCAGAUAUCCGUCCGUCCUUCUGCUCAUCUGUCAGGACAAUGAACAACACAAACCAGACAUUCACUUCUUCUACUGCGAUGAAGUGGAGGCCGAGAUGGUGCACGCUGACAUUGAUAGUGCUCUGGGAGACAACACACGCGGCAAGAAGACUCGACCGCAGACGCUAAAGAUGAACCAAGAAAAGAUGAAACGCCAGCGGGAGACCAUCAUCCCGGCCUCUGAGCCUCGAAGUCCUGGCCCUGGGGUCAAAGGUCGCGUAGCAGCUACAGACAUGAAAGAUGAACUGUCGAUGCAGGACCCCGAGUCCAAUAUGAAACUGGCCCAGCGGAUCGAAAAGGACGUGCAAAUCCUGAACUGCACUCUAGACGACAUCGAGAUCUUCGUUGCACGUCUUCAUAAAGCGGCAGAGGCUUUCGCGCAACUCAACCAGCGCAACAGGAGCAAGAAAAACAAAAAGAGAGGGCCGGCAGAGGGAAUGCUAACUCUACGAGCUAAACCUCCAUCAGAAGGCGAGUUUAUCGACUGUCUUCAGAAGCUGAAACUCUCUUUCAAUCUGCUGGCCAAACUGAAGAACCACAUCCAGAACCCCAGCGCUGCAGAGCUCGUGCACUUCCUGUUUGGCCCUCUAGAGCUGAUACUGCAGAACUGUGGCGGUCCCGAGCUGCCGCGUGCGGUCAUCUCUCCUCACCUGUCCCGGGACACAGUGGACUUCCUGAGAGGACACCUGACUCCCAAAGAGAUGACAAUCUUUGAGCUGCUGGGAGACGGCUGGAUGCGGCCCAGAGCUGAUUGGCCGAAAGAUCAGUGCGCUCCUCUGUACAUCCCAAAGUUCCGGAACGGCUGGGAGCCUCCCGUGGAACUGUUCCGCUCGUCGCCGUGGGAGACGGAGACCGCCGGAGCACCGGUGCAGACAGAAUACAGACCCAAAGAGUUCUAUGGAUCACAGUCAUCGCUCUCUUCAAACGGAUCUUUCUCAACGGCUCCUGCUCCUCGCAAGUAUGCGAAGAUCCGCUACCACUUCGUGGCACGUAACGUAAACGAGCUGUCGGUGCUUCAGGACGAAAUUCUGGAGGUGUUGGAGGAUGAUAAGCAGUGGUGGAAGCUGAGGAAUCGAAGCGGACAGGCGGGAUACGUGCCCUAUAAUAUGCUGGAUGUGGUGAAACUGGAGGACCCUCAAACUAUGAUCGACCCGCCGUACAGUCCAGGAAUAGCUUACAGUCAGCCGUACCGAGGACAGUCGCCCUCCGGCUCGAUGGGGAGUGACAAAGACAGUCACAUUCAACAUAUGGAUAAAGUGAACGAUGAGCUGCUCAUGUUGAUCACUGGAAAUAAGACUCAACAGCCCACGAGGAACUUCAAGGUGGUGCGUCAGACUACUGUCCCGCUGGCCUUUGACUCCAGCCCGGCCGAGGUCACCACCUGGCUCCAGGCCAAGGGCUUCUCCAAACCGACGGUGGAGCGUCUGGGCAUCCUGACCGGCGCUCAGCUCUUCUCUCUGAAUAAAGAUCAUCUGAAGACUGUGUGUGGAGACGAGGGAUCUCGCGUCUACAGCCAGAUCACCGUCCAGAAAUCCCAACUAGAGAAGAGUCGAGGAGAUUCAGAGCUGCAGGAGAUCCUGUCUAAACAACAAGAGAAAAUUUCAUCUGCCUCCUAAACACUCACACAGACUGUCAAUCAAACAGUCACCUAGCAACAGUAACCGUCGACCAAAACCCACCAAUGACCAAACAACUAAUCCAAUAUGUUUUGUAAUUGUUUAUUUAUUGUCUGUGCUUUUUAUUAUCAGUUCAUGUACGUAAUAUACGUUAUCUCCUUCAUGCUGGCAAAUACUUACUACACUUUAUUGCACGAAAACAAUGUUUGGGUGAAUCUCACGAAAACAUGUACAGGUCAUGCUUCAGAAUGAGAAGAAAAAUUAUAAACGAUAAAAAUAAAGGACCAUUAAAAUUUUAUUUUUUGCACUUUCGUGUCAUUUUAACCACAAUUGCACACAGUAGAUUAGAAGUUAUUCUCAAUUAUUAAAAUAUAUAUAUAUAUAUAUAUAUAAUGAAUAGUGCUACAGUCACUUGUCACUUCAAAAUCAAAAAUGACUAUUUUAGGACCUUUUUUGCAUUUCCAUGUCAUUUUAUCCACAGCUUCCCAAAUGCACGCCUUAUGAGUUUGUUUCCUUUUUUAAGGAAGGAAGUGAAAUGCAAUAUGUACAGUGCAACAAUGUCAAUUUAACUUUCUUGUAGUGGUUCAAUGUGAGCUUUACAUGUUGACCGCUGAGAUUCACCCGUGUCUGAGCGGAGUCAAUGUUUUCUGGGGUUUGAUGUAUGAUUGCAUCUGUGGCAUUGGUUUUUAAAAAGAAACGAAUGUAAAUAAUGUGCUAAAUUGAGUUGCAUCGUGCAUGUUCAGAUGCCGAAUGAAUGAAGCGAGAACAGUUCAUUUAUCAGCUGGAUUCAUGCAUGCCUUUUUUUAUUUGUAUAAAACGCAUUUAGAGACUUUGAUCUUCCAGGAUGUGGUUUAAUCACAAUAGAAACUUUAAAAGACACACAGAUGAGAUUGAAUCAGUUUAAUCGGAUAACAAUUGCAGGAAAUCAAAUUAAAUGUCAUAGAAGUACAACCUCUUAGUAUUAUCCUCUGUUAGUUUCUCCAAAUGUUAUUUAUAAAAACCAAAUCACUGUAUUGCAAAUUUCAGAAAUAAAGUGACUACCAUAAA